AUGUCAGAUGCUGAAGCAACAUCUGAUGAAGCUGAAAAGCAGAAAAUGCAGGACAGCGAGGAUGAGGAUGAGGAGAAGCAGAGGAACAGCAGUGAGGAUGCCGAGGCCGGGAUGACUGGACAGUCUCAAGUCUACACUGCAACCAGAGACACUCUUUUCCCAGUGAAGAAAACUCACACCAGAACACACAUAUUGUCACUAGAAUGGGUCUUGGGGAUGAAUCCUUUUCUCCCCGUCUUCACUCUGCAAGACCACGAUCAGCUGGUGGUCCUUUAUGCUGCAGCUAACGUUGGGAUCAUUUAUAAUCACACCUCCAACUCCCAACACAUACUUCAGGGUCACUCCAACCCCAUCUCAUGUAUGUGUGUGAGUGAAGACAGACGCUGGGUUGCCACAGCAGACAAGGGGUCGAAAAGCAUGGUGAUCAUAUGGGACUCCUACUCUGGUAUUCCUGUGCAUACACUGUUCGAUUGUCAGUCGGACAAAGGUGUCACUGCAAUGGCGUUUUCAAGAGACACAAAACAUCUGGUAACCAUUGGGGCCGAAGAAGUUCAAUGUGUGUGUAUCUGGGAUUGGACCAAUGAAACACGUGAGCCUCUGUGGUUUACUGAACUCAACCCUAAACAUGGUUUUCAAGAUUACAUCAUCUUUAAUCCAAACGAUAGCACUCAGCUGGUCAGCAGGAGUAAAAGUCAUCUAUUAUUCUACAGCUCGGCCCAUAGAGGUCUGCGGUACUUUGCCCUAAAGCUCAAGCGGUUCAGUGAUGCUGCCACUUAUGCGAUCAAUGCUACUGAAUUUACUCGGCCUGCUCCUGGCCCUUCUGGAACUGUCAGCAUAUCUGAUGCGUCGCUCAGUCGGUCUAUUUUUCACUGGAGAAAGCCUCAGGUCCUGACAGCCAUUGAAGGCAGCAUCAUGGUGUGGGACGUGAUGGAGGACCUAGUUGCAAACCAGUCCCAACCCAAAGACAGAAUUAGGCUAUUCCGCCUCCAGCAGCACCCGAUCACUGCUCUCACCGUAACUGACGGCUGUAUUGUAACUGCUGAUGCUCAAGGCCAAAUCAUUUUCUAUGAUGAAGAAUUCAAGCUUCUGAUAUGGUACGAUAAAUUCAACCUGGACGCUAUUGUCUCCAUUUCCUUUUCCAAAGAGUGCACAGAGGGAUAUCUGGAGGACUGCACCCUGGAGGCCAAACCACUAAUAAUCAGGAACUUUGUUGUUUCCACAAUCAGUUCCACAGUUGUACAUGUGAACAAACAAAGCAGCAUCCCUCAAAUCUUGCUGCAUGACAACACUGAGCUUCUACCCACGGUGGCCUGCCACCCCCAUCUGCCAGCUGUGGUCAUGGGCACUAAAAGGGGCAUUUUAGAAGUGUGGGACUAUAACAACAAAGUAAUCACUGGCAGCAGGGUCUUUGAGACAGAGACGCAGAUUCAGUGUGUCGCUUUCGACCCUAAAGGAUUAUACCUGGCAGCUGGUUUUGGCAAUGGAGCAGUUCACAUACUGAAUCCCAGCACUUUAAAAAGUGACCCCGAGGAAUGUUUCCAUUACACUGACGACAGCAUCCAUCUCAUCACCUUCUCCUCAGACUCAAAGUAUCUUGCCACUGCGGAUGCUGGAAAAGCAGUGACAGUGUUCCAUUUACAGACUGAUAAUUGGUCUUCACCUCGCUGGAUGUUUUUGGGCAGAUAUCGCUCUCACUACAAGCCCAUCAAAGACCUUCUUUUUGGAGUUCACCUGGACAGCAUGCAACCCAGGCUGCUCUCUCUGGGAAUGGACCGCCAACUGGUGGAGUAUGACCUGGAAAACAGCACCGUGAACCAGCUCCUCAUUUUGAGCUCAGAGUGCAUUGAGCAAAGUGCUGUGCCGAUGUGCAUGACUUGGUAUCCACCCCUCUCCAAGGAGCAGUUUCUUCUUAUUGCCUCAGACCAGUACAAGAUGAAGCUUUUCAACAGUACAACAAAGAUGUGCAGAAAGACUCUUCUCGGCCCAACAUACGGUUCUCCCAUUAAGCAAAUAGUGGUUCUUCCCAAGUCUAAAGAACCUGAGACAAACUCAUAUUACCUGGCAUUCAUCACAGAGGACAAGGUGGGUCUCCAGAUUUUACCUCUGGAUGGGAAUCCCUACAAGUCGAAUGCUUUGCUCUGCCAUCCGACAGGGGCGUCCGCUUUAGCCUGCUCCUACGACGGCCGAUUUCUUUUUACUGCAGGAGGAUCGGACUGCACUGUCCUCAUGUGGGAAAUAAACUUAAAUGUGAUGGAGGCAGCAGCUGCCUUGGGUGGAAAGGACCUCACACCAUUUUACACUCUCUUAGAUGGAGGAAAAGGGGGCAAGUUCUACAGGGAGAUGGAGGACUUUUUCUACUACUGCCAAAUCCGUCAUCAAGGCCUGGACUCAGUGGAUAAACGGCAAGUGUCGACAAAAAUUCCCUUGUCCGAGGUGCCUUCUCUGAUGAGAGCUUUGGCCUACUUCCCUACUGAGCGAGAGAUAGAAGACAUGCAAAAUGAGGUCAAGUUCAGCAAGUAUGCCGAAACAAAAAAAUAUGUAACUGACAUUGACCUGGAGGAGUUUAUCAAGCUGUAUGUGAACCAUCGGCCAGCCUUCGAUACUUCCAGCAAUGAGCUUGUUCAAGCUUUUCGCGUCCUUGGUGACUGCCACAGCACAGGGCAGCCUGUUCUGCAGAGAUGUGAGCUGCUGGAACUGCUACAGCUUCGAGGAGAACAUAUGACCAAGGAAGAGGUGGCAGAGUGUUUUACCGCAAUUUUAGGCCUCAAUGAAGAGAAGGAAGAAGAAGGAGCAGGAUGUUCUGAGCACGACAAAUCUGAUAGUGAAGAACAUUCACCGGAGGAUGCGAUUCCAAAUGAGAUCUCUGCGGAGACAUUUACAGGCUACAUCCUGGGCUUCCUGUCAUCAGCAGAGCAGACUGGCAGUUCUCCUCCUCCAGAGUGAUGAAAGCAAC